AUGGAAAAGACCGUGCAAUUUGAAAAUUUAUUAAAGCAAAGGGAAAUGGAAAAGGAACAAAAGGAAGAAGAACUGUCUGAGAUGAAUAAUAAAGUCAAGAUUGCUCAACAGGAAUUUGACGACCUACAGGACAAUGUGACGGAGGCAAACACUAAACUGGAGGAGACUGAAAAACGCGCCACCAUUGCCGAAGCCGAAGCCGAAGCCGAAGUUGCUGCCAUGACCCGAAGAAUCAGGCUACUUGAGGAGGAUUUCGAGGUCUCUAAUAGUCGUCUCACUGAAGUAUUGUUCAAACUGGAGGAGACUAGCAAGUCGGCAGAUGAAAGCGAAAGAGUCAGAAAAUGCUUGGAGACAAGGUCGAUUGCCGAUGAUGAGAGGCUGAGUCAACUGGAAGAUCAGUUGAAAGAGGCAAAGUAUAUAGCUGAAGAUGCUGAUCGCAAGUAUGAUGAAGCCGCGCGUAAACUUGCAAUAACUGAGGUUGAUUUCGAAAGAGCUGAAUCUCGUCUAGAAAGUGCGGAAAGUAUCUAA